AUGCCCGCUGGCCACGGCCCCUCCGCCAAGAAGGGCAGCGGCAGCAACUACACCCGCAUGCUGACUGCCCUCCUUCUCGUCGUCGUCUCGCUUGCACAGGUUUCGGCCGCUGCUGGUGCGACGAAUGGUGUCCGUGCAGUGAAUUCUCGUAACCGCGUUGGAUUCCGUCGUCAAGCCACCGACGAAGGUUCGGACGGCAGCGACGCGGGAUCCGCGCCCUCGACGGCCAACGAGGCUUCCGCCCAGAAGUCUACCGCCGACGAGUCCUCUGCUGUCACGUCUACCCAGCAGGAGCCGUCGUCGAUUGAGCAGGAGACGUCCUCGGAGGCUGCCCCUUCGACCAGCUCGGUCGAGGAGACGACCUCUUCCUCGACGCAAGAGGAGCAGACCUCUUCCGAGACCCCGUCCCCUUCCCCUUCCCCCUCUCCCUCGCCUUCGCCCUCGCCUUCUCCCGAGCCGACGCCGUCAAGCUCGACCGCCGAGACCAGCUCGUCCACCGAGGAGUCGACUAGCUCGACCACUGAGCAGCAGCCCUCGACUUCUUCCCAGGAGCAGACCUCGACUUCGUCUGAGGAGGAGAUUACGACUUCGACCGAGGAGCAGACUUCGACCUCGACCGAGGAGCAGACGUCCACUACCCCCGAGCCGUCGUCGUCGUCGUCUUCGACCGAGCAGAGCUCUUCCGCCAACGAGGAGCGAUCGACGACCUCGACCGAGGAGAGCACGUCUUCGUCGGAGCAGGCUCCUUCCUCUACCGAGGAGAAUUCUGCCUCGCCGGAGCCAUCGUCGACUAAGGAGCAGGACAACGCUCUCGACCAGGCGUCUUCGUCGGAGAGCACCUCGUCUGAGGCUUCGUCUUCCGAGGAGGCCGCUUCGUCGACCGAGUCGCCUUCGCCUUCCACGACUGCUGAGGCUUCUCCUUCGACCUCUGCUUCUCCUUCGCCCUCCUCGUCCCAGCCUCCUUCCACCGCGUCGCCCUCUCAGAUCCGAGUCGACCUCUUCGAAGGAGUCUGUUUCCGACGAGGCGGCCGGUGUCUCGUCGUCGACCUCUUCCGAGACGCCCUCUUCCAGCUCGACUUCGGAGGAGGCCCCUCGCCGAGCGCUUCGCCUUCUGCUUCUCCCUCGGCUUCGGCUUCUUCCAGUGAGGAGCCCAGCGCUUCGGCCUCCGCCACCAGCGAGCAGUCCUCCAGCGCUUCUCCCUCCGCCACCUCUUCCUCCACCUCGGAGGACGACGCCGCCCCCAGCCCUUCCGCCUCGUCGACCUCGGAGUCUGAGACCGAGACCAGCUCGUCGGGCUCCUUCACUUCGGAGAGCAAGUCCGCCAGCCCCUCGGCCUCGUCUACUGAGGAGAGCUCGGCCCCCGCUCCCAGCAGCUCUACUUCUGCUGAGAGCUCUUCCGCUUCUGGCAGCGAGUCGGUGAGCCCCUCGCCCUCUAGCGGAAGCUCGUCAUCCAACAAGCCGUCCCCCUCCAAGUCCGCCUCGGCGACUGAGAGCGGCUCGAGCAGCGCGGAUGCCGAGUCUUCGUCCACUUCUGAGAGUGGCACGACCGCUGUUCCUGUCCCGACGCCUUCGUCGUCGUCGGAGCCCGAGAACAGCUCCACCAACACCAGCUCUGGCCCGUCCUCUGAGAGCCAGGCCCCUAAGCCCUCGGCCUCGUCCUCCGAGAACAGCACGGCCAAGCCGUCGCCUUCCUCGGAGUCGUCGUCGCAGGGCUCCUCGGCCGAGCCUCAGCCCCAGAGCUCAUCUGGGUCCGAGUCCACGAGCGGCGCCCCUGCUCCCUCCGCCACCUCGUCGGAGGAGCAGUCCGCCACUCCCUCGUCCAGCAAGAAGCCCUCGCCGGGCUCCUCGACCAGCGACUCUGCUUCGCCCGCUGGCCCUUCGUCCUCUGAGAGCCAGUCUGGCAACGCCCCCGCCUCCAGCGGCGAGAGCCAGAGCGAGCAGCAGAGCCAGCCCCCCCCGUCGAACACUGCUUCUGGCUCCGAGUCUUCGGCUGCCGAGCAGUCUUCGAAUGCUCCUGAGCCCUCUUCCGCUAGCAGCACGACGGCCGUCGUUCCUGUUCCCACGAACGAGCCCUCGUCCUCGGCUUCCCAGGGCUCUUCGGAGCCUUCGGCCCGUCCCUCGUCGGCGAUGCCUACCCAGUCUGGUGCCUCUCAGACUCCCUCUGGAUCUGAGCCCUCCGCCCAGCCUACUGCUUCGCCCUCGCCUUCGGCCUCCAACCCUCCUCCCUCGGGCUCUGAGGGUCCCCAGCCCUCGUCCUCUGUUUCCGAGGAGCGUUCCGUCUCCGAGGGUCCUUCGGCUUCCCAGUCGGCCCAGCCCUCUGGCGGUUCCGAGACCCCCUCGCAGACCUCGUCUGAGGGACCUGCCCUGUCGUCCGACGGUGGCGUUCCCACUUCGGCCCCCGAGUCCGCUCAGCCCACCGCUUCCCCCUCCGGAUCGGCUGCUGAGUCCUCGACUUCCGGCGGCGUUGUUGUUCCCGGAGGUUCCUCGCAGGAGCAGAGCGAGUCGGCCACGCCCUCCGCUGGCCCCUCUGGCUCUGCCGAGCCUAGCCCUUCCUCGUCUGGUCAGGGUGAGGCUUCUGGCUCCAUCAGCGGCGAGCCCCCCAUUACGUCGGGUGAGCCGACGUCCUCGGCUGGUGUUGAGCCUUCCGUCACUGGCGAGCCCUCCAACUCUGCCGAGCCGACUGCCACUCCCUCUGGCAGCGAGUCGGGAUCUGCUUCUGCGUUCCCGACUUCGUCUGGUCAGGAGGUUGGUCCCUCGUCUGGUGUUGAGUCUGGCACCCAGAGCGCGUCUGUCUCCACCAGCGUCACCCCCGAGGGCUCCACCACUGUCAUCGUGAACCCUCCUGUCACCGGUUCUGCCUCUGGUUCGGCUACCCCGAGCGCCACUGACAUUGUCACGUCCUCGGGCCAGCAGGGCAACAGCGCUUCGGCUACGCCUACGUCGAGCGGUGGUGACUCGCAGUCUACUGCUGAGAGCUCGCCCUCGCCCGACUCGCCCAAGGGUUCGUCGCCUUCGCCCUCGGAGGACGCCGCUACCACUGCCUCGCCGUCCCCGUCGUCGAGCAGGGUCGAUGCCUACACGCCGACCCAGACCAACCUCGUCAUCCAGACGUACACGCCGUCUUCGUCCAACGAGCCCAGCAGCGCCACCAACACGCCCUCGCCUACGCUCCAGGCUCCCGCGAUCCCGUCCAACGUUGCGCCCAGGAUUGUGCCUCAGGGCAACGAGCAGCCGCAGCCGCCCAACACGGCCCUCAUCUCGAUCCUGCUCAACCUGAACACCCUUCCCUGGUCGUUCGUCUACGGCAACCCCGAGUCGCAGUCGCAGAUCUUCAUCGCGUUCCCCAAGCUGCUCUCCAAUGCGCUUGACAUCCCCAUCACGGACGUCAGGAACGUUGCUCUGCAGAUCUACCAGCCCGCGGGCAAGUCGGACCAGUUCGGCACCCAGUGGCUCGGUUACAUUCCGCAGGACCAGUUCAGCACGCUCGAGGCGUACAUCUCUACCCCGUCCUCGCCGCUGUACAACCAGACUGGUCUCGCCGGGCAGGUCGCUGCGCAGAUCGACCCGUCGUACCCCAUCACUUCGUACAUGAACAAGCAGGCCCAGUCCAACCAGACUGCCCACACCGAGGCGCAGAACGACAAGCGCAAGCGCAACAUCAUUAUUGGUGUGUGCGUUGGUGUCGGUGGUGCUCUCUGGGCCGCUAUCUCUAUCUGGAUCUACAAGCGCCUCAAGCGCUCCAACGAGCGCGCCGUCAACAAGCGUCUGUCCGAGCACAUGUCCAUGUUCUCUGGCCAGAGCGGCGGCGCUGCUGCCAACCCGUUCCAGGACAACCGCCGUGUGUCGGCCACUCCCUCCAUUGCCGCGUCCGAGAUCGACUCGCGUCCUUCCUCGUUCUACGCGUCGCCUCUGGAUAACUACCCCGCCAUGCGCCGCCGCCAGGUAGAGACCUACUACUCUGACCAGGCUGCUGCGUCUGGCGCCGGUGGUGCCGGUGACCAGUCGCCCACGUCGUACGUCAACUCUGUGUUUGGCACCUCGUGGUUCCAGAACUCUACCUAUGGAGGAACCACGGGCCACUCGCAGACUGGCCACUCUGCGCACGGCUCAUCGUCGCCCAACCCCUUCGAUGACGUCUAUGCUCGCUCGUCGCCGAGCCAGCAGCGCAUGUCUCUGCGUCCUCAGCGUCGUUCUAUCCAGAAGACGAUGAUCUCGCAGCCGACGCUCCAGGCCAACUCGCUCGAGUUCAACGAAUACAACGGGUACCCAUAG